AAAUGGGGAAAAAUGCCGUGGUAUGCGUGCUAAUUGGACGCAGGAAAUGAUGGAGGAAGCAAUGUCUUUGCUGAGAAAAGGUGAAUCGCAAAGGUAUGUCGAGCAACGAUGCGGAAUACCAAGAAGAACACUACGCAAUCAUAUGAAGACUGGCACCUCCAUACGAAAACUGGGUGGAAAGGCUAUCCUUACCAGUCAAGAAGAAGAUGAUUUGGAAGAAAAAAUAAUUCGUUUUGCCGACAGAGGAUUUCCCCUGACACCAAAAAGGGUUUGCAGUGGUUUCCGAGCUACUGGAAUCUAUCCUUUCAAUAAGGAGGUGAUUCCUUUGCAUGCUUAUGCUCCCAGUUUACCAACAUACCGUCCACCUGAAACGACGACAGCGCAAAAUACUGAAAACAAUAUCCAGGAAUGGGAACCGGAAGAUUAUAUUCCUUUAGCAUUAUUACAAGCUACAGCUAGGGAAAAUAGAACAGAUAAGGCUUCCAAUUCAUUUACACAACACUUGAUCACACCUGGCAAGACAACUGAAGUCACUAAAGUCCCCAGAAAAAAAGCGCUAAACUAUAAAGCGCAAGUAGUUACAAGAAAAAAAAAGCGUAAAGAGGAAGAUAUAUUGAAACCACAGUGUGUAAUUGAUUAUAAUUUGGCGAAAAAGGGUGUCGACUUCAGUGACCAAAUGUCCUCUUAUCAUACUGUUGUACGUAAAACACUAAAAUGGUAUCGCAAAGUUAUGUUUGAAUUACUACUGGGCACGACUGUGGUGAAUUCGUGGAUUGUUUAUAACAUGGUUUCUGACACAAAGCUGAGCAUUAUGGAAUUUAGAACACAACUAGCUAAAGAUCUAAUGGUGAAUAAAUAUAAAAAAAAGACGACGCAAGGUACUUGGAGUAGAGACGUUAUGCAGACUGCAAUAAAUUUAUGUAGGGCUGGAGAAUCUAUUAAAGGGACAGCCAACAAAUAUGGACUUGCGUAUGCUACCCUUUACAGACAUGUCAAAAGUGGAAACGCUUCCGCACAGCUCGGUCGAUUUCGUCCUACAUUCACGGAGGAUCAAGAAAUUGAACUGGUGACAUACCUGCAAGAUAUGGACGCAGUUUUUUUUGGCCUUACUCGGGAUGAAUUCAUGAGUCUAGCAUUUGAGUAUGCACACCGCAACAAUUUGCGUUACCCUGAGAGUUGGAAUAAAAAUAAAAAAGCUGGAGAAGAAUGGCUGCAAAGGUUUUUAUCACGUCAUACCAACUUGACACUAAGAACUCCAGAAUCAACAUCUGUAGCGAGGCUGAAAGGAUUUAAUCGCCGCGAAGUGAGCCAUUUUUAUGAAAAUCUUGAAUCUGCCAUUGAGAAAAAUAACAUUGAAGCCUCCAGACUAUACAAUAUGGACGAAACCGGAAUAUCAACGACCUCAAAUAGGCCUCCAAAGGUUAUCUCCGUAAAAGGGAAAAAACAAGUGGGUAUGAUUGCAAGUGCAGAACGCGGCCAAUUGACAACCGUCAUCGGGUGUUGUAAUGCUGCUGGCAGUUUUCUUCCACCUUUCCUGAUUUUUGCAAGAAAGAAGAUGCAAGCAAGGCUUCUUGAUGGUAGUCCUCCAGGGACUCAAGCAACGUGUACUCCUAAUGGCUGGACAUCAGGGGAAGUCUUCUUGAACUGGAUCCAUUUUUUCGUAGAGCAAGUGAGGCCAACAGCAGAUAAAAAGGUUCUACUAAUAUUGGAUAACCAUGAAAGCCACAAAUAUUAUCCUGCACUUGAGUAUGCCACCAAGAAUAACGUGGUAAUAUUAUCCUUAGCACCGCAUACUACAAACAAAAUGCAACCUAUGGAUGUUGCUGUGUAUGGCCCACUGAAAACGCAUUUCGAAAGGGAAGUUAACAUUUUCCAAAAAUCUCACCCUGGCCGCAUCAUUAAUCAGUACGAUGUAUCUAGAUUGCUAGCACCAGCUUAUCUCAAAGCUGCCGUGGCCAUCAAUGCAGUGCAUGGAUUUGAAAAACCUGGGAUUUGGCCUGUAAACAAGCACGCAUUUGGUGAUGAGCAUUUCACACCAGCCGAGGUACUUGCAGGUACAUCCACUUUAAACUGUCAAGCUGGAACUUUGGCCCCAAUAGAAAGCAUUGAUUUACCCGAGUCCGCUGUUGAAGCGUUACCUUCGAUUGAACCUCAAGAUCAGCCCAUAUCACCUUCAUUUGCAAAUGCCACUCAACAUUCUCAUUCAUUCAUAAACCCUAUUGAAGGAGAAACCUUACAGACUAUAGAAUCUGUUAGUUCUUUACCUAUUGCGUCAUCAGGUGAAGUUGUUGCUUUAGGUGAUUUUCAGUCUCAAGACGAAGUAAAUAUAUAUAUUGAAGAUCGACCGUGCACUCCUAUUAGAUCUGAAACUAAAAAAGAAAGCUAUGGCAAUACUGUUCCCGCCGCUUCACCCGAACCUGGAUGUUCUAAGACCUACUAUAGUCCUUCAGUUUUGAGACCUAUUCCUCAGCCUGCUAGACCAACAACAACACGUAAACGGAGGUUACAAAGAUCUAGUAUACUGACGAGUACUCCAGUAAAAGAAGAGCAGAAACAGAAAUUUGAAAAAGGAAAAAAGCGACGAAAACUUCUCUGA